AUGAAUAUCCCUGCAGAAGAGGAGAAGCCGCUGUAUUCUCAGCAACCUGAGUGGGCCGAUGUUGUUCCCUUAGAGCAGUACGAGAAUGUAUCCCCUCUUGCGCCUAUCUUUUAUACGGAUGAAUACAGAGAUGCCACGGACUACUUCAGAGGGAUCGUCAAGAGCGGUGAGAUGAGUCUGAGGGUGUUGGAGCUCACGGAGAAUAUAAUUCGGCAGAAUCCUGGACAUUACUCUGCAUGGCAGUACAGGUACAAGACACUUAUGGCAUUGAAAUCUCCCCUCGACGAUGAGCUUCAACUGAUGGACGAGCUUGCGAUCAAGCAUCUAAAGACAUACCAAGUCUGGCAUCAUCGCAGGCUGCUCGUACAACAGACUCGCAACCCAGGCCCUGAACUCGAGUUCAUUGCUAACUCAUUGCAAGUUGAUACAAAGAACUACCACACGUGGUCGUACAGACAGUGGAUCCUCGCAAACUUCAACGACGACGCUCUAUGGAGCCAUGAACUGGAAUUCGUGGAGAACAUGCUUGAAAGCGACGUGAGGAACAACUCUGCAUGGCAUCACAGGUUCUUCGUCGUCUUUCAAUCUGGGGUACGGAAUGGUGAUGAAGAUAGAGAUGCGAUCGCCCGGCGGGAGCUUGCAUUCGUGAAGGAGCGAAUUGCGAUCGCACCGAAUAAUGCGUCUGCGUGGAAUUACCUGCGCGGAGUGCUUGAUCAUGCUAAAAUUCCUUAUUGCGAGCUUCAAGCAUUCGUGCUGCCUUAUUCUGUGCCCCAACCUCCUUUAGGUACACCCCCUGAAGUUGUUGAUCUUGAAAGUCCUCUUCCUUCGAAGGAUUCACAACUGCCCUGCGUCGCUGCUGUUGAAUUCAUGGCUGAUAUUCACGAGGCAACAGGAGGCGAUGACUUGGUGAAGGCUAUUGAGCUUUGGAAAUCCCUGGCAAAUGAGCACGAUACUAUACGCAAAAGAUACUGGGAAUACAGGAUCGCGGAAUCCUUGAAGACCAAAUCAGCUGGUGAUAGCUGA